AAAAUAAGAACAGCUCCAAAGGCAAAAACCCAAGAAACAAAAAUCAGAUCGUGUUCUUCUGUCCUUCCUGCAUAUUCUUGUUCAUCAAUCCUCCCUCCAAUUCAUCUCUCAACUACAGACUGCCACCGUUGCAGACUCUCCGUGCCUCUUAACCGUGCCCUAAGCAUUGUUCUGCAUUUAACAAGGAUCAUUCAAUGGCUUUCAGAAAGAUGUUCUUGAACGAUCUUCUUCUAUAUGAAAAAUUGGGUGGGUAUUGCUUUGGGAACUUCGGCAGAUCCUAUGCUACUAAAGUGGACUUGAGGAAACUCCGACCCAUGAUUCUUAAGAGAAUUGAGAAACGUUCCCGACUUUACCCUGUUCGUUCCAUGGUUCCUGUUGCCAAUGAGGUCUUGCUUGCUAGGAGUGUUCUCAUCCAUGGCGUUUCAACUCUCCUCAAUUCAUUACCUCUCAUGGCUUGCAAAUUUUGUCCAGAGAUAUAUAUUGGUGAGCAGGGACAUUUAAUUCCAACUUGCUGGGGUUACAAGCAUCGUGCCAAGAACAGGGUUCACGAAUGGGUCAAAGGUGGUUUGAAUGAUAUACUUGUUCCUGUUGAGACGUUUCACCUUAACAACAUGUUCCAAAGUGUUAUUAGGCAUAACCAAAGGUUUGACUUUGAUCGCAUCCCUGCUGUUGUUGAACUAUGCUGGCAAGCAGGGGCAGAUCACCACGAUGAAAAUCUUAAUUCAAGUAGUUGGAACUUGGAGGCUACUAAAGGCAAUGUCGAUGGUACCGAGUCUUUGUCACCGAAUGAUCUGGCCUUAAUAGCAAAGGAAAGUUUAGAAGCUUGGGAGACUCUCAGGUCUGGGAUGGAGAAAUUGUUGAUGGUAUAUCCAGUAAAAGUUUGUAAAUAUUGUUCAGAGGUUCAUGUUGGGCCGUCUGGCCAUAAAGCUAGGCUCUGUGGAGUGUUCAAGUAUGAGAGUUGGAAAGGAGAUCAUUUUUGGACGAAAGCUAAUGUGGAUAAUUUAGUGCCCCCAAAGAUCGUAUGGAGACGAAGGCCUCAUGACCCUCUUGUACUUGUGAAUGAAGGGAGAGACUUCUAUGGACGUGUUCCAGCUGUACUGGAUUUGUGCACCAAAGCCGGUGCCAUUGCGCCCGCAAAGUAUAAUAUUAUGAUGAAAGUGCAAGGUUUGUCUGGUCCUGUCAAUUAUAAGAUUUUACAGGGGCAUUAGUGGAUCAAACAACAACUUAAACCAUAAUCGGACACUCUAUCAUUUGGGAAGAAAUCUGAGAUGAUAUUACUUUCAUCUGCAAUUUCCUGCAUAAUUUGAGAUUGUCUGGGAUAUCUGAUUAUGGAUCUUUGUGCCGGAUCAUCUGUUGGUUACAGAAGGAAAUUUUGCUCCCACCCAUAUCUCGUAUCUCCCAAAAUCAAAGUAUUUCUGCAGAGCAAAUUAGAAUCUCUAAAUUUAUGUUUUGCUGGAUUUAGUGGACCCAUUCUUCAGAACUGACAAAGGUAAUUUAAUGUUCUAUUUCUCCAGUCAAACAUUCCAGGUAUUUUUCCUUUUACAUUAUUUGUGUUCCUUGAGGAAUCUUAAGUCCAAUAAUUGGCAGAAAUAUCAACAUGGGAGAUACUACGUUGUUGUAAAUGUUUGUAAAAAGUUCAUUGCUGCUAAUAAAUGGCGGUUUAUUUUUGAGAUUU